AGGGGUUAUGUACUUUGAGAAAUAUGCUUAGCUAAAAGAUUACUGGCUCCAAAAGUUUAGCGGCAAAUAUCACAUGUCGUCAUAGAUUUGUGACACGCGAUAACAGCCAAUAGCCUCUCGCAUAUUUAUUAGUACGGUCAAGCUGUGUCAGCGGAAGUGGGCUAGUAUGUUUUUAGAUAUUAAAAAUUUGGUUUAAAUAUUCUGUGGGCAACAGACUCCUCACAGUGAGUCGUCAUGUUGAAGCGAAAGUCGAGUACGGAAAGCGAAGAAGAUGACUUGCCAUAUAGGAAAAGAUUACGGGAAAGAAAUGUUCGUUUUGGCGAAGUCACUGUGUUUUAUUUUCCUCGCAAGCAAGGAUUUGUGUCGGUUCCUUCAUCUGGCGGCUCUACCCUAGGUAUGGCGAGAACACAUUGCUUUGUGGAAACGUUAAAAUUGUGUUCAACUCCAGACGAGGAUUUUUUAUGCGAGAGAAAAGUUUCGACGGCUAUUCCUGUACCACAGAAAAGGCGCAAAGCAUUAUUAAGGACUUCUGGGGUGAAGCGAAUCUAUAAGAAAGAGGCACAGGAUUGUAUGGAACUGAGGCUAUCAAGAAUUCUUUGUGGUUGUAGCUGCGAGGAUGAAUGUUACCCCGAGACUUGUGAAUGCAUUCUUAAUGGUAUUGGAUGCCAAGUGGACUAUGGGAAUUUCCCAUGUUCGUGUUCCAUAAGCAAUUGCCAGAAUUCCAACGGAAGAAAACAAUACGACCCGAAAAUAGUCCAACAACAUUACUGCGAUACCUUUACUAAGCUAAAUGGAAUAGCAAUCAGUGUCAGUGUGGGGGUCGUAAGCAACGCAUAUCUUUAGGGAACAAUAGAUAGGAAUAUUUUUCGCACUGUGAAUUUACCAGACCAUGACUAAUAUGAAUGAGAUCAUUGUAUGUAUCCCCUGAAGAGAAUAUCAUUAUUUUUGAAUAUGAAUACAAAGCUUCGAGCACGCCACCACUUUCAUUUGAAUUGCUGCGCUGCUUUGAAUUCGUUUUGUAGGCUGCGUUAACAAUUGGGUUUUACCGCAAGCUUUUAAGAUACAUUGCGUAAAAAAUGCGCUUGUAUGGCGGCGAAAAAAUAAAAUGGGAGUAUUUAUCAA